AUGGCAACGUAGCUUAAAUCGUCUGAACCGAACUGAUCUCUGCCAUUGAAAACGUUUUGCUUCUCAUUCGUUUAAUUUUAUCUCACAUCUGCUCGUUCACGUCCCGUCAUCUUUAAAUUAUUCUUUUGCUGAAAUCUUAUUGGAUUGUUUUCAUUACCACUGAGUUUCUUUUCUCUUAACAAAAUGACGUCGAAUUAUUUCAACGUCUACGUGACGCACGUGGUUGAGGUCAUCGACUGCCAAGAGAAACCCAACUACUGCAAUUUGAUCUUCUGGGGUCAGAAAGAUCGCAUCCUAGCAACUAAAAUGGAAGAACAGAUUAUUGCAUGCAAGUUUGAUUCCUACCCUCGGCCUAUGAUGAGUGACCUUAGGAAAGAUAAGGUUUUCUGUGCGCUAGUGAACAAUGGUUGGUUGAGAGCAACGAUCAGUGAUUACACUGUAGAUAGAAAUGGGGAACUUGAAGUUUUCUGCAUUGAUUAUGGCUACACUGUUAUGGUUCCAAUGGCUUGCAUUAAAGCUGUCCCCCCAACUUCAACCUACAUCAGCAGCUGCCAUCCUUUGGCCACAAAAUUUCUUUUAGCUGAUGUAGUGAUUCAAAAGGGACCACGAGGAAAGGAACCCGUACUUCAAUACUUGAAAAGAAAUGUGGAAAACAAGAAUGUCAAAGCAGUGGCAUUGGGUAUCCACAAUGACUUCGAAGGAGUAAGAGUCUAUUUAAAUGAUCAGCUUUUGGCAAAACUGUUGGUGGAAAAAUACCUGGGAACCUCAGCCACAACAUAUUUUGAUGCUCUCAAAGAACCAGUUCCCAUUCAACGCUAUUUCUCUGUAGCUUCCCUCUCACCUCCUUCAAUGGUGAAGAAUACGCGGAUCCCUAGCUUGGGACAUGCGGAAAAGCCAAUCAGUAACGCGUUGCCAACUGCUUCAUCUCAAAACAAGCCCAAUCCAGUAAAAUCCUUCACGGCUUCGUGUCUGGAAGUGAAUGUGGCCCAUUCGGUCGUGGUGACCUUCGUGCAGAAUGGACCUCAGAAGUUUGUCGUUCAGUGCAACUCUCCAGAAGCAGUUCGAAAACUGAACGAUAUUUCGCGGCAAUUAUCCAGUUACGCUGCACUCAAUUCCAAAACACUAACCAAGCCUGAACGUGGUGACGCUUGUAUUGCCAUCUCCUGUCGAGAUAAAUUGUUCCAUCGUGGCGUUGUUACACAGGUAGAAGAUAUCAAGUUCGCUCAAGUGUACUUUGUCGACUAUGGCUAUACGGAAUUAGUUGACCUUCGUUCAAUGUUCGAAAUUCCAUCUGAGUUGGUCGCCGUUAACCUUCUAGCUUUCCGCGUUACGCUCGAAGAAUCCGCUGCCUUGAUGACGCACGACGGAAUUUCAGAAGCCUUCACACGACUGGUUUUAUAUCGAAACUUUAAAUGUCACGUGUCAGGAGAAACAAUACCACAAUCAGUAAUUCUUGUGGACGAGGCCGGACGCAGCGUCAAGGAUUUAGUCCUAUCGGCCUUGGUAGAAUCUCAGAAAGCCUUGAAUGUAUCCGAACUACUCAAAACAACAUCACUGUCACCCAUCCUUCCUGGGGCAAACAUUAAAAUUGCUGCAGUGGAAGUCGGGGACGAAGAAAACCUUUUCGUUACAUACGCCGGCCCUCCUGGACAGUUUUUCGGCCAGUUUGAAAGACGAUCUGUAAGUGAGCUGGAAGCUUUGAAAAACGAACUUCGGUCUGCCUAUUCCAGCUGUGGCAUUCCGGGUGAGAUUCUUCAAGUUCCCUUGCUAUAUUCUGACCUCAAAAGCCACGUUGGAGACUAUGCCGUAAUUAGAUGGACAGCCGACAAACUUCUUUAUCGAGUUAAAAUUAUUAACGAAUAUGGCAAUGAUGUGUCCGUCUCCUUUGUAGACUACGGGAACAAUAUAAAAAUUUCCCGCCAAGAAAUAUGGGCUCCAGUGAAAAGCCUCAAGUUGUUUUCCAUACAACCUUUUGGCAUUUAUUGCUUCGUUUCCGGAAUUAAAGUACCGGAAAACGAAUGGGCUCUCCAAGUCAGUGACAAGUCAGUCCGCGUGAAGAUCGGCCAGCCCAUUAAUGGAGUUUAUCCUGCUACAUUCGACAAUCCUAUCACAAAUGACAUUAAUCGGCCGUUGAGUGCAUGCUCCAAUCUAUCACCUGUAGCAAAUGAAUGGCGCCCUUCAGUUGAUGGCGUCAAACCAGUGACGAAUCGUAAACUCGAAUUUGAUGCUCCCCAAGAAUCAGGAUUUGUUCGAAAUGCAAUGCCCAAUAUUGCAUUCGAUCAGGCUGCGAUUCUCAAUGACAACGAGCUGGAUGAUUCGUGGGCUCCGCCUAAGGCUGGUGGAAAGGUACCAAAUAGACCAAAGACGCGGAGCAUUUCUUCGGUGAGCUCAAAUGCUAGCCAAGGUCAAGUAGAGCAAAUGGAUUGGGAAAGCACUGAACCCAAACAAUUUCCCAGCCAGCCGAUGCCCAAAUCUCAGCCUGUUGAAGUUUCUAAGCGAGCAAUGCCAAUUUCCCUUCCUAUUCCGCUCAUCUAUCCAAACCAAAAAGGAUUGGAAGGUACAACCACGAGCGUCGAAAUUGUAUUUGUCAACAAUCCCAACAGCUUUUAUUGCCAUCUAGCUGAUACGGGCCCACUUCUUGAAGACUUGAUGGACAAAUUGGCAAGAGCCUACACAGAUACCUCAAAAGAAUCUAUUAAAAGCGUGAGUGUGGGCGUAGCCUGCGUCGCCCAAUAUACCGAUGAUGGUGGCUGGUACCGUGGCCAAGUUUUAAACGUGGAAGGAAGCGAAGUCGAAGUGCUAUUUGUAGACUAUGGCAAUAAACAACGAACUCCUACGAGUUUAAUAAAGGAUAUUCAGGAAGAAUUCGUAAAACUGCAGCCACAGGCUUAUCAUUGUUCUUUGGCGGGCGUUCAAGAUUCGACGCGUUCCUGGACUUCCGAAGAUAAGGCCCGUUUCGAACAAGUUGGGAUGGGCAAACGUGUCACUGCUAUAUUUUCUGACCGACGUGAAAAUGCUAAAUACCCGGUUCGUUUAACGUUGGAGAUGGAGACAGACCAGACUGGUGCCUCUCCUGUCGUAAUCAAUGACCUUUUUGCUCCUACUCGCAAAACUCUGCCGGUGCCUGAUGUUGCCAACUACCCAGCCCUGCCAACUUCUUUCGAUUCAACCGAAGUCAACCUUGCUUGGUUUCAUAAUAUUGGCAAAUUCUUCCUCAGUCCUGUCAAUCUUGCUCCAUAUCAGAAAGAAUUAGACCAGUUGGGAGAGUACUACACCGCUUUAUCUAGUAGUGAAUUGGUGGAAGAUUCACCAAGCGUCGGCUUACCCUGUGUGGUGCGGUUCAAGGAUGAUGACCGUUUUUACCGUUCUCAAAUUUUGUCGAUUCAUGGGAACUUCGCACAAGUGCUCUUCGUGGAUUAUGGCAACGAACAGGAGACUCCUCUGAAGGAGCUGAAACGCAUCCACCCUCGCUUCAUGAAAUGCCCUCAACUGACUUGGCAAUGCAGGUUGAAAAAUGUCAUAAUGCCUGAUUCCGAAAUCUAUUACUCCCAAGAUUUGAGGAUGCACAUCAACGCAUGCUUUCCACAUGGGCAAAUUCUUGGAGCUCGAUUUUAUCCACCUACAGACGGCAUUUACAAUGUUGAUUUGAAUGUGCCGGAAAUUGGAGACGUCGCUCAGUACCUUGUGAAAAACAAGAUUCUCUGUUUUCACAACACCUGUUCUGGAAAGGAAGUGAAAGUGCCGCCACAGAAUCUCGACUUCGCUCCAGAUAAAAUUAUCUCCACGGGUGCCUUCGUGUCUUUCGCCAAAACACCACUGGAGUUCUGGGUCCAGUUAGAACCAGACGCGGUCGAUGUUCUAAUGGAGCAGUCGGAUACAAUUGUCACUCAACCAGAGUUCCUUAACGACAAAACGAACUUUGUUCCAGUUGCAGGGGCGUUCUGUCUGGCUUUCUUUUCCGAUGAUAGACGUUGGUACCGAGCCGUUGUAGAAACGCUUGAGCAAAAUCGUGUCAUUGUCAAUUACAUCGACUACGGAAACUCCUCUACUGUAGCCCUGGAUCAUCUUCGAGCCCUUCCAGUCUCACUUGCGGAUAAACCUGCCAUGGUUUUCAAAUGCUGUCUGGAUGGAAUAGAAUCUCCAAUUUCGAAGGACGUUACGGAAGCUUUUCUAUUGGUCGUAAUGGACCUUGUAGCUACUGUGAAAUUUAUUAAGAUCGUCAACGGAGUUUUGCAUGUCCGUCUGUACAAUACGGCUGACGGGAAGGAUUUGGCUGAAAAGAUAGGUCUUCCUGUAAAACCGAUUGAAUUGGAGGUUUACGUCGCCUAUUGUAUUUCACCAGACAAUUUUUGGAUCCAACGGAAAGAAGAUGAGAGCAAGGUGACUGAAAUUCAAGAUCAACUGUAUCGAGAACUGGAAGGGGCGAACGCGGGCUCAUACCGAAUGCAAGGACAGCCAAUUCCUGGGCAAAUUUACGCCGUAAACCAUCCCGUGUAUCACACCUGGUACAGAGCUCAAGUGGAGUUUCUCGAUGGCCAUUCGGGAAUGGCUGAAGUUCGGUUUAUCGAUUAUGGAGACCGCCAUAAAGUUUCCUUGUCCGAUUUCCGCCAUUUGCCUAGCAGCCUGAAAGAUUUCCCUACGAUGGCCGUUGAAUCUUCUUUGAAUUGUCAAUCAAGACCGAAACACUGGCCUGAACAGGCUUUAAAAUAUUUUAACUCUAUUUGCUCUCCAGAAGUAGUGUUUCGUGUGAAAUUCGGGGCUAAAAAUGGCAGCGUCCAGCAAAUUGAUUGCAUGGAAACUCCGACAGAGAACGUAAUCGAAACGCUGAACUCAAAAAUCAAACAAUUCCUAUUGGAAGACGCUGGAAGAGUUCUAGAGGCGCUGGACUCGGUUUCUAAAUCCUAUAAGGAAAUUGAAUCACAUCCAGUGAUUCGUCCGAGUGCGGAGUUGAUCAGUGAACUACAUUGCGUUCCGGGACAAUCGAUUUCUUCCAAGGCCGUUGCCGUUUGCUUGACGUCACCCUCUGCUGUUUGGCUUCACUUAGAUCCGUCAUCGGCUAACACACUAAUGGAAUCUAUUCAAAAACACGUCAGAAGUACGGAAUUCUCCAAAACCAAACCAGUUGAGCCACUCGUCGGACUUUCUUGUCUUGCUUUGUUUCCCGAAGAUCAGCGUUGGUACCGGGCUGUAAUUGAAAGUGUGGAUCGAAAUUUGGCCACCGUUAAUUAUGUCGACUAUGGAAAUUCUUCUACGAUAGGUCUGGAUCUACUCCGACCUCUGCCAUCAUCCCUAGUGGCACAGCCUGCGUUGGCGUUGAAGUGUGCCCUGGAUGGAGUUGAUAGAUGUCCCAACGGAUUGCCAAACACCAGCAAAUGCCAGUCUGCCAUCUUUGAUCAAACAAUGCUCGUUACCUUUAUUGAGAAAACGGAGAAACACAUUUAUGUAAGAUUACGAGAUACAGCCGGAAACGACCUAAACGAGAAACUCGGUCUACCUGCCUCAGUCACUGCAACGACGAAUGUUAGACUGGGCAAUGAGGCGAGCAAUGCAACUUCUCUCCAGUCGCACAAUGGAGUGAUUUCGGGUGCAGUAGAUGUCAGAGUGUCUUACGUCAAGUCAGCUGGAAUGUUUUGGAUCCAAUACGAGAGCAACAUAGAAGAAAUUGAACAAAUCAGGGAUAACCUUCGACCGCUAGACGCUAAUGAUGCCCCCAAUGUUCCACCCAUCAGCGUAAAAGAAAAUGUCCUUUACGCAGUUAUGCAUCCGGAAUAUAACCGUUUCUUCCGCGCUCGAGCCAAUCAAGUAAAUGGCGACAUGGUUGAAGCAUUUUUCUUGGAUAUUGGUUAUACAGACUGGGUCCCACUGUCCAGCGUCCGUCCAUGUCCUGCAAUUUUGAAGUACAUUCCACCGAUGGCAAGUGAAUGUACGUUCCGGACUCCUGUCUAUCCGGAUCAGUAUUGCGAAGAAAUACAGAAGGCUUUUAGUGGCGCAACAGAAGGUGUCGUUUGCCAGGCUGUUUUCAGCGGCCCACAGCCGGCCCAAGGCGUUCAGUGCAUCGAAUCGCUAUUUGCUAAAGGUGUAAACGUGGGCAAUCUCCUUUAUAAUUUGAUUUCAUCAUCCGCCCCUCAAUCAGGAACUGCAGGCGGGUUUCGCAAUUUCCCAUUGUUUCCCAGCAAACAGCAAAGAGGGCUGUGAAAAAGUAAAUGAAAAAUUUAAGAAGUUUUAUGUUCGUUUUGUAAUGUAAAAGAUGUGAUGUUUAUUCUCAUUGUGAUUCCUUUUUUGAACUUCUUUCAUUCCAAUUCUGUGUUGAAUCUAGAUCUUUUAAAUACAUUUUCGUUUUUGAAGCGUU